AUGAAGGCGAAAGAAAGCGAGUCUACACAUUUCGUAACAUUUGCCCAGGCGGCUGCAUUGAACGGACCAAUGACAAAAUUGGAGGCAGCCCAGUGCCUUCUGGGCGUUGCAGGCACGAUAUUUGGCCCGGAGAAUGCAGAACGCGUUGCCGUGGCUAUUGGCAAGCGCAUGAACCUUUCCGAAGCGGAUUUACUCCCUGGGAUGGCGAAGCUGCGGCCGCGUAAGAAGGCGGAUGGCGGAAAAUCAGAUAAGCGAGUGGCUUUGACGCCUUACACUCUAUUCUUGUGCUACGCCAUGAAGGAGCUGUACAAACAGAAGGAGGAGUUGCCGGUUAUUAAGGAUUUCCUGAAGCAGCACGGCGACGGGGGAAAAAUCAACUUCCAAACGGCCAUCCAAAUCUGGCGCUCCCUGCCAUGCGACAAGGAGCGGCUGGAUGUGCUCAAACCCUUUUUGGACGCCAUCAACAAGGACCGUCUGUUGCGCAAGCAACAGCUGCCAGGUGGUGCCAGCGGUGGGGGCGCCGGGGAGCCCGCGGCCGAGGCGUGCGAGCGCUACCUGCAGUACGUGGCUGACCACCCGGAGGCGUCUUUCGUUCGGCUGCUAAAAUUGGAUGGUAGCAUCGACGGUUUGGGCGCUCCGGGCGGACCGUCGGCGGCGACUUCGACGAAGGGCACAGCAGCGGCGGGGGCUGGUGCAGCGCGGCUCCUCGGCAGCCGGGGUCCCGUCACCACCGCUAUGGACGUGGACAGUGCUUCCGCGGAUAGCAGCAGUGAUCAGGACGAGGAGGAGGAGGACGAGGACAUGGCUGAAGUGGGGGAGGACGAGGAAAUUGUGAAGGCUGGUGUUAGUGGGAGCGGUAGUGAAGGAGCGGGUGCGGGCCAGUUCUCUACUCCUGCUGCGGCUAUGACCCAGAAGGACGAGGACGCGGAGGAGGAAGAGGGCUCGGAAUCUGAGUCGACACCCGGUAGCGGGGGUGCAGGCAGCAGCGGCCGAGAGAGCGACGGGAGUGGAACGUCGGGGGGCGCAGGCGGUGGUUUUGCUCGGGGAGAGGAAAACGGGGGCAGGGAUGAGGAUGGCGACAGGGAGGGGGAGGGCCCAGGAUGUGCAUGGCGCGCGCAUUGGACCUGGACGUGCAUGAGAAUCCCUAACUUCCCAUGCUUCACCAACGGAGUAGACGCCGAGAACUUCUUCGAAUUGACGACGCACAGCAUCCACCCGUUCAUCGUCCCCGUCCAGCACAUCGUGGAGACACAUCGCGAGAGCCGCGACAUCCGACUAUAGACACAGCAGAGAAUUGAAUAAACCCCGAGUGAAGGCGAAUGGCUGCAAGUGCACCAUGGCGCAUUUGCAUGGUUGGAAGCCACAAAGCAAGAAAGGACAUACCGCGUCAUUUGGACUUCGUGUCAGCUGGUCUCGAGGGUCUCAUCUUCCGCAGUGUCCUCCAGGGCGACAUCUAUAGCGGCCAUUUACUCGCCACUCCUACCCGAAAGUAACCUAUCUUCUAUGUAAUCAACGCUAAACGCUGAAGUUGGGUAGGCAUGUAAUACUAUUGUAAGAUUAUCGACUGUG